AUGGCUGCUCUGUCGUUCUUCCCUCUUCACUUGCCACCCUCCUUUCAACUCCACCUGAGGAGCUCCUAUUUGGUCUGCCUGCAGAGUUCCACAUUCCUCUGCUGCCGCCUCUCCCUCUGCUCGUCCUGCUGUCUGUACUGCUGCCUCUUCUCCUUUUCUUCUUUAAACUCCUCUUUGGUUUUCCUGCGGGGCUCCCCUCUGGCUACACUCUCUGCUACUGCUUUCCUGCGGCUACUCCUCUUCUCCUUUCUGCUGUUUGUCGCUCUGAUCCUCCUCGCUUGCUAA